GGUGCAGAGACGGUGCCUCCUGCCGCCCUGCGCGCACCCCCGGAGAUGUGUCUGCGCGGGGCCGUGCUGGCCCUGUGCUGCGCGGCAGCUGCGGCCUGGCUGCAGGUGUCGGUGGGCCCCUCGCCGGUGCGGGCGCGCCCCGGGCAGCGCGUGGUGCUGGAGUGCCUCGUCGGGGCCGACUACCCGCCCCUGGAGCUGGAGCUGGAGCAGCUGCAGGUGCGCUGGCGGCACGAGGGGCGCACGGUGCUGGAGUUCGCCGGGGCGGUGCGGGCGGCGCGGGCGGGGCUCAGCCUGGCCCAGGACGAGGUGAGGAACGGGAACGUCUCGCUGGUGCUGCAGCGCGUCACCGCCAGCGACAGCGGGGAGUGGACCUGCUACAUCCUCUACCCGCCCGACCAGGCCCAGGGCAGCCUCACCCUGCGCGUGGCAGACCCGACGGUGCCCCCCGACGCCUGCCCCCUGGGCGGGGGCGCCCCACGGCUGCGGCAGCUGGAGGAGGUGAUCGGGGGCUGCGUGCGCUCGGCCAGUGAGCUGCAGCGGCACCUGGCCCGGCUGGCUGCCGAGGUGAAGGCGUGUCUGGGCAGCCCGGAGGCCGAGGAGAGCCCAGCCCGGGCACAGGCUGAGAGCGCCAACCAGACGGCACAGGCGUGAGCCCUCGGUCGUCCGCCCAGUGCCCGCUGGGCUCGCAGUGCCCCCGACACAGCUCCCGCAGCAAUGGGGCUGAGAUCCCUGGGGACAGAUGGGGACACCCACGUCACAGCAACGGGGCCGGGGUUCCUGGGGACCGACGGGGACACCCACGUCACAGCAACGGGACCGGGAUCCCCGGGGACCGACGGGGACACCCACGUCACAGCAACGGCUUCGCUUCUGCAGGGUGUGAUAGCAAAUUAGGGGGCUCGGGAUCCUGCACGGAAAUGGGGACACAGGCCCCGUCUCCCCUACGGGGCUCUGGGACGUGUCGAACUGCUGGGGCCACCAGGGGCCGGGUGUCAGAUGGGGGUGGCCGGCUGGAUACAGGGGCUGACGGCUGGGUGCCCAUAGGGGGGUCUAUUUGCUGGCUCUGCUGGCUGUGCCGCUGGGAGACCCCGGGUAGCGAGCUCG